AGUUUGCGUCACGAUGACGUGCGUGGCGAGCUUUAAAUCCCGUGCUCGUCGUGUCCUGGCGUGGGUGCGUGACUGUACCCACACCCACUCAUUCACUCACUCGCAGGUAGCAAAGCUCUUCCCGAGCUUUGUCAGCUGCUCGGGGAAAGCUCUUUGCUCGCUGGGCCAGGAUGAGAGAGAGAGAGCGUCGAGAGCGACGACUCGCUGGCUACUCGAAAACGCAGAUGUAGAAGCAGAGGCAGAGGCAGAGCCAGAGGCAGGAGCAGGAGCUGGAGCAGCAACAGCGGCAGCGCAGUUACAAAAGUCCUUAACAACAAAUACAUACAUGCACCAGCGUACAUCAAUAUCCACCAAAGAGUAGCUGCUGGUCCAGAAGCAAGUGGAAAAAGUGUAACAACACGAUUCCUGCUUAGCUGCCACGGAAUGGCCAUUGGCCACUCGCUUUGCACCACUGCGAACCCAACUAGGCAUCAUCAAGGAAGUUAGGCAGGCUGCCACUGCACCCACUCGUUGUCGAACUAACACCAUGGCCAGGACUUGGAACCCCCAGCGAAAUUAGGCAACAGGAGGAGCAGCGGGAGGAGGAGCGCGCGGCAACGAUGGCGCUGGUACACACAUAUCUCGGCACCUGGGAGAUUGUGUGCUGCACCUUCGAGGGCAAGCGGGAGCUGUCCGGCCUGGAGGGCAUCAAGUUUCGGCUGGACGAUACGAGCGACAUUACCUGGUAUAAUGACCUGGUCAGUCCACUUCCUGAAUCAAAAGACUGCGGCGGCCCACUCUGCGAAUCGGCAAGUGUCCUCUUCAGCUGCGAGACCUUUGAUGUCCAUGAGCUGAAUCCCCGCCUUGUCUUUGGAGCCUUUGCCGGCCACAGUAUCGAGUUUAGCACCAACACCUUAACGCCGACUGAUACGCUGGUGCUCAGCUGCGAGAACUGGUAUGCUGUGGAAUGCAAGCGCCUCCAGGAUGGCCAGGCUGCUGGUCAGGAGAAGCAGCUCAGCUUUGGUGAGGCCCUGCAAGAGUCCUACUUCAGUGAUGUUGUGGUAAAGAGCGCCGGCGGCAUGGACUACGCUUUGCAUGCCUCCAUCCUGCGGCUCAAUGGCUUCGACUGCAGCAUGUGCGUGAACAGUGCCCCGCCCUCGGCCACUGUGCGUCCGCCGGCGCGAAGCUGCCACAGCGGACCGAACACGCCCAAUCCCAUACGGAUCUCUGUGGCCCCGGCAUUAGAGCAGGGCGAGCAGGAGAAAUGCUUGCCGCGCCUUAAUCUCUCGCCUAUAUACCUGCAGCCGCCGUGUGACUUUCAGACCGGCAGCCUGGGCCUGGGAGCGCAGCGUGGCCACCAGUUUAGCAGUAGUUUCAACUGCCUGAGCAAUGGCAAUGCUGGGGAUUCCGGUUCGGACUCUGCUGCAGUGGCGACACUAGGCAAGGCAGGACUCCUCAGCCUAGAGUGUGGCGGCGGUGGCGGUGGGCUGUACCGGUUGCCGCCAACCUCGCACUCGGACUCGCAUCUGGAAACCUCGCAGUCGCACUGCAAGAACAUAUUCAACUUCUGCCAGGAUCUGAUGCUGCAGCCAGCAUCAACGCCCCUGAAUCCAAACGGCGGGCUGGGUGGCAGUAGCCUGGCUGUGUGCAGCAUCCGACGGCCACCCCUGUCGCCGUAUCGGGCACGAAGUCCCUCGCCGUUUCCAAGCUCUAUGGAUACGCCGCCAUCGUCACCACUGACGCCAGUGGGUGUGCUGUGCAACCUGCCCACUUUCCUGCUGAGCCCCAUCCUACAUUGGCUGUACACAGAAUCCCUGCUGCCCGACCUCGACGAGGAUGUGUGCGAGAAGCUGAUCAGCUUUGCGGAAACCCAGCCAUCGCUCACCAAGCUAGUGGAACCCACGCGCAAGUACUUACGACUGAUGCGGCUCAAGAAAUUUGUGGUCAAUGUCACGAUGGAUCUGCAUGACAUCCUCAACCGAGUUAUCCAGUGCAUCAAUCCCCUGAACAUCACCCAUGAGCCGGCCCUGCUUUAUGCGACGUUCCAAGAUGCCCUGCGUGAAUGCGCAAUUGGUUGCGCCAAGGUGCUUCAGUUCUGCAAUAUCUUCAUUACUGAUGCUACACACAUGACGCGAUACCAGAAGAACGAGAUUGUCAAAUACAUCCGGACCCGCAUUCCUAUUUUCAUGUCCCAAACCCAACAGCUGCUCCGCAACGUUCUAGGAGUCUUUGUCGGUCUCAGUGUCGACGAGAAGGCCGAGUUGGUGAACUAUCUUGUACCUGAAAUUGAAUCAACCUUAUUUGUAUUGACCGCUGUGAUAGAAGAAAUCAAAAACUCAUUGGAAAUCAUGUGUAAUGACCUAAAAUGUUCCCACUUGGAUCUGCCACUGCAGCAGCAGCAGGAGGAUGAAGCUAUUGUCAUGCAGUUGCAGUUUCCCGAUGCCGGCGACCCAUCGCCUCGUCCUCGUCGCGGUGCACCUGUGGGCUUGACGCUCUACGACAAUCUGACGGACAAGCAGAGGCUCAGCUCAGCGGAAAAUGAUCUCAAAUUUGUGCUAUACAUGUAUGAAGUGCGGAAAAUGCGUGACAUUUACGGCCGGAUUGUGGCUGCCCUGGAGAUAAUCAAGGACAAGAAGAGCACCUACUGCGACAUGGACUUUCUCAGCAAGAGCAGUACCAUCAACCAGAACCUGGAGCAGCUAAUCAUGGACAUUCCCGCCUACAUUUUCAUAGUGGAGAACCUCUCGGAUCGCCUGGAUGAUAAGCUAGGCUGGAAGGAGUUCAAGUUCUGCUUCAAGCUGGCAACCAGUCAAAUAAAUGGUGUAAUUGCCAAGUUGCUGGAUCAUAAGGCUGCGCUCGGUGAUGCUAUCAGCCAGAUUUGCUUGCUGGUGCGGAAGCAGGAGUUCACUCAGUCCCUCAUCGAGCUGGGUCUGCUGGACAACUCCAGUCGCUUGCCAGCGAGUUUGAAAGUGGCCGAUCACGAGAACAACUUAAAUCAGGGCCUGGACAACAAGGAGACCUUGUAUUUGGACCGCAAACAGUACUACGACUACAAGAGCAUCAAGCUAAACCUCAUCCGACACCUCUGCGAGCCACCCAUAGCUGCCAAUAGCAAUCUCUCGAAAAACGCCCUGCGUCUGCUGCACUCUACUCAGCUGGCUGACAUGGAGUUUGAGGUGCACACAUAUGCACCGAUAAAACCGGAUACGGAAACCACAACGCUGCAGGUCCACAGCUUUAAGGCCCAUCGCGUGAUUGUGGCCGCACGCUGCGAGUGGUUCAAAAAGGCACUGAUGUCCGGCAUGCAGGAAUCCAUCAACAGGAAGGUAGUCAUCACAGACACCUCGCCGGUCAUCUUCAGGCGGUUGCUACUCUACCUGUAUGGUGCCCCCAUUGACCGGACCGUUGGUGCUGAGCAGGUGUGUGAGCUAAUGCUUCUGGCGGAUCGUUACUCCAUCGAUGAUCUCAAAGAACUGUGCGAGAACACACUGUACUCCCUGAUUGACGAGGACUCUGUGGUAUGUCUGCUGGGCAUUGCAGACCGGUAUAUGGCUACGGCUUUGAAGUCCAAGUGUCUCUCCUUUCUCUCGCAACAUGCACAACUGACCAAGUGUGAAAUCUUUAAGGAAUUGCCCCAAACUCUUCAACUAGAGGUAAUGGACUUGAUACACUGGUUCGGUCGCGUCUCGGAGCCGUGGAACGAUAGGGGCUUCAAGCCCAGGAGCAGUUCACGCCACAGUCUAAAGAGUCCAUCAAAGCCGCGCUCCAGAUCCCGUAAGUCCUCGCCCUCCUACAUGUGACGCCGACAAAGCGCCACCGAACACACGAAUGCCAACUUCUUGUGAUAACUCUAGAAGACUUCGGAGUCCGGAGUCGGGAACUUGGAAAUUGGGAAUCCAGACGGACGGUAAAGUAUAGUCAGUAAGGGCGGCUAGCUAAACCAGAUAUCGUGCUAACAGAUAUCGCAGAAGAGAACAGGCCAGGAGAAUCAGUUACAGGAACGAAGAAGCCGGGACUUCGACUCUCAUAUCCGCCUUGGUGGCGGAAUGACUAACACAAUAUCAAGCCAAAUAGCGAAGGGCAACAUGACCUGAUUUUAAUGAAUUUUAUUUAGUUCACUAGUAGAUACAUACUUAUAUACAUACAUAGAUAGGAAUUUGGCGUAAAUCUUGCAUUCACAUUUAACUCGGAAUUAUGUAAAUGGUCCACAGGAUCAGCAGGCAGACGGUGCGUGAAUAAUGUAUGACUUUGUACAACUUCGGAGGAUAAGGUAGGAUAAACGGUGUUAGUAAAUGACUUAAAUAUCUUGGUAGUUGCACUGCCAGUGUUGGAAAUGCAAAAGGAAAACACUUGAGAGCAUCGCAUCGCAUCAGCGGCGAAAGCAGUUCAUCAUGUCUGUACAUACACAAGUGAGUAGAGUCUUCACAAUUAUACCUUCAUUUUUCUGAGGUAGACCCAACCACAUACCCCUUAGUUCCGAUGAUCAGUAGCUAGAAUUUAGUCAUUUUGAAGAGCCUAAGGAAUCGAAUGUUUUGUAUUUGGACGACAAGGUCUGGCGGACUAUUAACAGAGUAACCGUAACUAUUCUGUGUAUUUUGCGACAUAUACACACGUUAAAUGGAAUUAACAUUAGACUUUAUUAAACGCAGUAAGCACACAUUUAUGCUCACGUAAUGUUGUGAGUACGGUGCGGAUUUUAAGUAGCAACGACAGCAGCAUCUUUUUUUCAUCAAAUUCGAGACAGUAUAAAUUUAAAGCAAAGAAAAGAAAAUAUAU